CUGCUAGGCGGCCUCCGAAGGCUCACCUUCUCUUCCACCCCACAGCCCAUUCUCUAGCUGGUUUCACCGACGUGGCAGCAGGAAAACUCGUCCCCAACACUUGUUUUAGUUCAGACACCCAUUGACUGGGCUCCACUGGGAGAGGGCAGGGGAUGGGGGUGGGGGACUGGCUCCCUCCCCUUGGUACUGUGGCUUUCGCUUUCACUUCCUCGUCGGAGAGUCGACGGAUCUCGGGGCUCAGUGAUCAUGGCGUUACUGGAUCUGUGCGGUGCCCCUCGGGGGCAGCGGCCCGAGUGGGCUGCCCUGGAUGCGGGAAGCGGGGUUCGCUCGGACCCGGGACACUACAGUUUCUCCGUGCAAGCUCCGGAGCUCGCACUUCCCCGGGGAAUGCAGGUGCGGCCUGUGGGCGUUCUUGAGAGAUGCAGGGGGUUGUUGGCCAAGGAAUGCAGGCUGUACUAUCUGCGGAAUGGGGAGCGCAUCUCUGUGUCUGCGGCCUCAAAGCUGCUUUCCAACAUGAUGCUGCAGUACCGGGGCAUGGGCCUCUCCAUGGGCAGCAUGAUCUGUGGCUGGGACAAGAAGGGACCAGGACUUUACUACGUAAAUGACCAUGGGACCCGGCUCUCGGGACAGAUGUUUUCCACUGGCAGUGGGAACACGUAUGCCUACGGGGUGAUGGACAGUGGUUACCGGCAGGACCUCAGUCCUGAAGAGGCCUACGACCUUGCCCGCAGAGCUAUUGCUUAUGCUACGCACAGAGACAACUAUUCAGGAGGAGUCGUCAACAUGUACCACAUGAAGGAGGACGGUUGGGUGAAAGUAGAGAGUUCUGACGUCAGUGGUCUGCUGUACAAGUACCGAGAGGCCGCUCUGUGAUGGCUGCUGGGCAGGCUUCCCCCGGCACUGGCUGGCACUGGCUGGCAGACCCUGGGACCUGGGACUACUUUAGUCUUAGGAGAAAGAAGGGCCCAACCUGGGCUGGAGAGAAAGCUCUGAGGCUAUGGGCACAGCCAGACAGCCGUGUUUACCCUCUCAGCACCGCACUCACGAAUACUUUCUAAGUACAAUAAAAGAAAAUACGGUUAUAGUCA